GAGACGUCAACUCGAGGUCGCCAGAUACGAUUUCGCAACCGGGUCAUGGAGCGAAGUUCAACUGCGCGGAGCCAACAUUCCUCCAAACACUUACGGUCACUCUAUCGUGGCCUACAAAAACUCAAUGUACAUGUACGGGGGCGCGCACACGUUCGAUGAGAACAAUGUGACGAACGCGCUCUGGAGAUUCGAUCCUCAGAAGUUGGAAUGGGCCCAGGUGUCACACAACGAAGCUCGCGUCGACUGUCACCACCCGACAAUUUUAUGUCCUCCCAUUCCCUCUGUGGGUCACGCCGCUGUGAUGGUUAAUCAAUCGAUGCUGGUGUUCUUCGGACACCACCCCACUCUAGGUUAUUUGAAUUUGGUGCAGGAGUACAGAAUUGGAAGUGUCAAAUGGGAGCUGGUGCAAACCACCGGAGCUGUGAUCAAAGGUGGUUUCGGCCAGACAGCGGUUUAUGAUGAGAGGAGUCAGCAGGUGCUCAUCUUCGGAGGAUACCAUUCCCAGAGCACCGGCGCUGUGGUCGACUAUCUGUACUCGUACCGACCGUCGAAAAGAUCGUGGACAAUUCUUCGUCCGAGCGGCAUGCACCGCUACUUACACUCGUCAGUUAUAAUCGAUGGCGUAAUGCUGGUCUUCGGUGGAAACACUCAUAACGAUACGUCAUACGCUUCGGGGGACAGAUGUUUCUCAGCUGAUACGCUGGCGUACGACAUCGAAUGCGAUUUAUGGCAAACAGUCAAAAUAAAGGAGAGUGCCACCGCUUCUCAGGGCUUCCGUCGCUUCGGACACACAGCUGUGGCCUACAAUAGUUCAAUGUACAUAUUCGGGGGUUUCAAUGGCCGCAUGUUGUCCGACACGCUGAAGCUGACGCCCGCACACUGCGAGGCUCUCGAGAAAGAAUGUCUGUCCAUGUCUCUCGUUCAUGGGACAAAAUGCAUCCUGGCGCCCGGCGAAGGAUGCAUGCGCCACAACGCCGAGAACCUGAAAGGUUACCCUCAGAAGAAGGGCGCCAACUGUUCCUGGAUAAAUCCAACCAGCUUACCACUGAACUUCACUCACAUCUGCGCGAAACAGACGAAUUGCAGGAGCUGCCUACAAAACAGCCUCGACUGUGUGUGGUGUGACAACACGUGUCAUCACAAAAAGUGUCCGAAGCAGUCCCCGUCGGCCGUGGUGAAAAAUCGCGUGGAGCUGUGCACCGAAAGCGAGAGCCUCGCGUGCGACAAGCUACAUAACUGUCACGCAUGCCACACGGACCAGAAUUGUGCGUUCAAGAAGAACAACGGAUGCAUCAAUCUCAUCUCUAUUGAAGGCAACAAGACGGCUCGGGCCGUGAGCGAAGACUUCAGAGCAGAAUGCGAGAAACACUGCUCCGAGAAGACCGACUGCAACAAUUGCACCGCAAACUCGGGUUGCAUGUGGUGCGCGAAUCUCGGCAGGUGUCUCGAAACCAACGCGUAUGCGGCAAUGUUCCCGGUCGGUCAGUGCACCGAAUGGUCAACUAGCAAAUGUGAUAAGGUCUACUGUUCCCGCAUACGCUCGUGCAGCGAAUGUCUCCAACACGAAAGAUGCGGCUGGUGCGACGACGGCAGCGGCUCGGGACGCGGCAAAUGCAUGGAGGGUGCCGCCACGGGUCCCGUGGUGACCGGAAUCGAUGUCCCGCUCAACGUCUCAGAAACAGACAUGAAGUGCUCGAACUGGCAUUUCCUCGACUGUCCGGCCUGCCAAUGCAACGGCCACAGCUCGUGUGACCUGGGCUCGGCGGAGUGCAACAUGCCUUGUAGCAACAACACUCAAGGAACUCAUUGUGAGCGCUGUCAAAAGGGCUACUACGGCAAUCCUGUCAACGGCGGCACGUGUCAGACGUGUGAUUGCAAUGGUCACGGUACAGAUUGUCAUCACGAGACAGGGAAAUGCGACUGCACUACGAAGGGAAUCAUCGGGAAGCAAUGCGAUCAAUGCGAUAAUACAAAUCAAUACUGGGGAAACCCUGGAAACGGGGGAACCUGCUUCUACAAACUGAGCAUAGACUUUCAGUACACCUUCAAUCUCUCACACGAAGAUCCUUUCACUUCGAUAAACUUCAUGAACAUGCCACCGAGAGUGGGACACGACGUGGAAUUCCAAAUAUCCUGCUCAACUCCAGCCCUUGUAAACAUUUCCAUCGGAGUCGGGACAGCGGAUACUACCGGCGAUCCCCGGAUCCUGGCACCCGUGUCGCAAACUCGCACUUGCGGCUCGUUCAAGAUGCCGUUAUCGCACGAAGAAUACAAGUUCGGCACGCGAAAUGCCACGCUGUACGUCCACGUAUUCAAUCUCACCACUCCCGCCGUGAUACAGGUGGCUUUUUCGCAACACAGGGCACUGGAUCUGUUGCAAUUCUUCAUCACCUUCUCUAGCUGCUUCGUAUCGCUGCUCUUCAUUGCUGCGGUGUUGUGGAAAAUCAAGCAGAAAUAUGAUCUCUACAGAAGGCGCCAACAACUGUUUGUUGAAAUGGAACAGAUGGCUAGCCGACCUUUUGCGGGGGUCACUCUGGAACUCCAGUCACCUCCGUACGGUUUGCAUGGACACGGAGGUUUCGGCACUCUUCACCAGGGAAGACCAACCCCUGUAGCCCUGGAGCCGUGUGCCUCCGGCAAAGCUGCCGUCAUUUCGCUCAUUGUCCGAUUACCACGACAGGACAGUUCAGUACCACAGGGACAGUCAGGUAUCGCAAUCGCGUCAGCCCUAGUCUCUUUAAGCCAGCUGGGCGGCAAGGGUCAGCAGAACACUAUUCGCGAGAAUGAGCAUAAAGGCGACUGCUGGAAACCCAACACCAAUGUGGGAACGUGUCUAUAA